AUGGAAGACUCUGGCUCUUUCGAUACAGGCGGCUUCGGUAGCGACGAUUUUGGCGGAGGGAAUUCGGAUUUCGGCGGUGGUGGCGGCGAACCCUCCGCGUUUGGCGGAGGCGACAUCUUUAGUGGAGGUUUUUUCUCGGGUGGCGCAUCUAUGAAUCAACCCCAGAUUUUUGAAGACGACGCGGGCCGCACCGACACGGGCUCGUUCGACCCUCCCCCGACCGCCACUGGCGGCGGCGGCGGCGACGGAGGAGGAGGAGCAGCUUCUUGGAUUGCACCGGUGGCCGCGGGCUUGGGCGGCGCGCAACCCGGAGCCGUCACGCCCUGGGGGCACGGCGGGGGCGCGAGGCGGUGGCCGGAGCACCCGGUGGUGGCGCACUCGGGGCGGUUUCCGCAGGAGAGGUACAGGCGGCCGCGGCCGCCCACGUGGCUGGUUGUCAUGAAAUGGCUGCCGUGGGUUGCGGUUGCUGUGGCGUUGUGGCUGUACGUGUUCGCAUACGCGUCCACGAGUGUGGAUCUGCAUCCCCACGAGCACCGCAUGCUGCCGCGCUUUUCGCCCUUCGUCGCCGGCAUUCAGGUGUCCCCGCUGGCGCUGAUGCCAUCGCCCCCGCCCGUGCUGGUGACGUUCACGCGCUACCCGCCCAUAGUGAACGAGGAGUGGGCCACGGGUCGCCCCAACGUGCGAGUGGAGCCCUACUCCUACCGGAGCUGGCUGUUCAACUUCAACAAGUGGUCGAAGAUCACGCUCUCCUUCUCAGGCAUCCGCUCCUAUGUCCCUCUCGACCUCCUAGCCAUUGAAGGGUCGAGUCAGAUGGAUAAGUUCAAGACGGAUCCGAGGAAGUUCACUGGAGCACUCAGGAAAUAUGUCCUCUCAGGCGACGACGCAGUGACGUUUCAAGUGCCCAGGGACAACGAUUACUACUUUGUGAUCGUCAACUACAAUGCUUAUCCUGCCACCGUGGCCUUGGCGCAUUUCGAGGUCACCAGUGUGCUCUAUGACAUCAGCAAGGGAAAGAAAGCCUGCAAAAUCAGGAACAAGCACCCUGCUCCCUUGGAAUCUUCAAAUGGGACGGAUGGCUUGGACAGGAAAACCUUAACGAACGCUACAAGUGGUCCCAUGCGCAUGCCCAUGCCCAUGCCUAAGAAUGACUCAUUGGCUGUUGUCACAGACACCACUGAUGGGGGUGCUCUCACUGAUAGCGAUGAUGAUGACGAUGAUGACUAUGGCUUUUGCAGUGCGAAGCUGCCGCUGUGGCAAACCCGAUACGUUGUUCUUGCUGCUCCCAAGACGAACAAGCCAGACAGCACGUGGCAUGUGCAAGUGGCCUACCAGCCACGAUGGCUUGCGUACCAAACGCUCAUUGGCAUCCCCUUUGUACUGUCUCUCAUCGCCUUUGCCAUCUUCCGCUGUCAGCAAUACCUGCACCACCGCUCUGACUCCAUGCGCCAGCCCUCCUCCCUCGCCUCCAUCUCCACCGACCCCUCCCCUCUCCCCUCCUCCUCACCCUCAGAGCAGCACCCUCUUCUCACCUCUUCCGAUUCCCCCCCGCUGUACACGCCUCCCGACCAAGCCACAGCAGCAGCAUGCAGCGAUGUGUGCACAGCUUCCCAUUCACAGGCGCCGAUUCCUGAUGCAUGGGCUGUUACAACCACCACUGACGCCCUACCUGGUUCCAGCACCCCCUCUGCCCCUCCCCUGGAGACAUCUCCUGGAAAGGCACAGGUGGGGAAGGGAAGCGCAGGGCAGGGGAGUGAGGCAGCAGGAGGGUCGGGGUCAGGCGUGGGGAAAGCUGGGGAGGGCGAGGACAAGGACAGUAACUGCUGCUGCGUGUGCAUGGAGAACCCGCGGAACGCGGUUAUUCUGGACUGCGGGCAUCGCGCCACGUGCAACUCGUGCGGGCAGGAGCUGAUGCGCAUGGCAAACAAGCGGUGCCCCAUUUGCCGCAGGGAAGUGCGGGAUGUCACGAGGAUUUACGACGCGUGA